AUGGAUCAAAGUGAGUCUAAACAAUCGUCGCUAGCUCUGCUGCAGAAUGCCCCAAUUGUGCUUUCACCACCACCGCUAGAGCACACUUACUCGAACAACUUGCUGUCUGGUCGCCCUCACCCUGAAUAUUUACCAUCUCAAAGACAGCAGAGUGUUGGAUACAACCUCCAGCACGAGUUUGAGACUUUGACUGCAAAGUUGGAUUUGGAUUUAAAAAAUCAAGGCAGGUCAUCACAAAGUGCUCCACCAUUCAACGAAGAACAACUUCAAUCUAGCUCCAAUUUGAUAGCACCUGCAGCAACCAACACUGCAAUCACCUCAUCAAACUUGUUGAAUUUGGGAAGCUCGGCAUCCGAUAUAAACUCAUCUUUUCCACAAGUUGCAGCACCAAAACCACAAUUGAGUUCGUUGUUGGAGAAUAGAGUUCAAAGCUCGCAAGCUACAGGAGGGUUUUUACAACCUCCAUCAGCAUCAAUCCCAGAUAGGCCACAAUCAGCACACGAUUUCACAAAUAUAUUUCGCAGACGUGGGCCAGGACUCAAUAAAGGAGCGCCCCCAUCAUUGCAGCAACUGAACCAAUCAAACUUGUAUCUGGAUCUUUUGGUCUUUAGCAAUUGGAUUGAAAAUCUUAGUCCUCAAGAUACUGUUUCAAUGAUUGAUUAUUUGUGCGCCAGCUUGCCCGUGGAUGUAUUGCUUACAUUUCAAGCUAAACUUGACCAACACUUGCAGGCUUUUAAUCAGCCAAGUGCGUUGCAAAAUCCAUUGUCUCCGUAUGGAAACACUGCAUUCAAUUCGGAGCUUGAUAUGGAAAGUUUGAGCUUGAAUGAUCAAAAAUUUAAUCAGCCAUUGACACAAAACUCAGGGCCAUUCAGUAGCGAAGCGGGUCCAUUCAGCUCAAACUUGCUGAAUAUAGAAAUUGCUCGCCCUCGCUCUGCUGAUCCCUUUUUGCAAAAGAAUCAACAGGGGGUAGGUAAACCAGAGAGAUCAAAAUCACCUACAUCACAUUUGCACGAAAAGACGAAUUUUCUACAAUUAGCUGCAAAUAACAACGUGUCGCCGUAUUAUUAUGGCAGCAGUCCUUAUUAUCCACAACAGGUCAAUAAUGCUGCUGCGGCACCAGGUCUUCAUCAGGAUGAGAACCUCGAUAUGUCCAAUACUGCUUUGAAAUUGGGUGCAUUAGCAACUAUCAAUUCGAGAGUGGCUUUAGACAGUAAUAGAAAACACCCACAUGGAGCUGCCCAGUGGAACAAUACUGGCCCACAACCGUUCCAUCACGGUAAUGGCCAUCACCACAAUCUUCAACACCCUCAGGUGCAAUCUCAAGAUAGGCACAAUUUAGCAAUGAGUUUUGAGAAUUCAAUAAACAGGGGAGCAAACUCUGCAUCGGUGCCUGUAAACACACCCCAUAGAAACAACUACAAUGCGCUUUCCAAGAAGAAAGUGACCUCUCCCAACGCCACCGGUAUGCAACACUCCAAUAUGUCAACCAACUCCAUCAACAGUCAAACUGGAGCCAACGGUUCCUCGUCGAUGCCCAGUGAAGUUGCAAGCCCCGAACUCUUGAACAACAUCCCUGCGUGGUUGAAAUUACUCCGGUUACACAAGUACACUGAUUGUUUGAAGGACAUGUACUGGAAAGAUUUGAUCGAGUUGAAUAACGAGCAAUUGGAGGAGAAAGGGGUAGCAGCUUUGGGAGCUAGACGCAAACUAUUGAAAGCAUUCGAAGCGGUGAAGAAUAGUCAACAGUAA